AUGGGAGCAGUUAGUGUAUUGGUGACAGGCACAGGUGAAGGUGAGGCUGAGAGGGGGAAAACCAUAGACAGAGAAUGUCAACCGGGCCUCUCUCCUCAUGGCCCCUGCAUCCCUCCCAGUGGCCAGCCGUGGACACAUUCCAGCCAGAGCCAGAUAUUUGCAGACCUCAGCCCAGAAGAGCUGACAGCUGUGAUGGAUUUUCUCACCCAGGAACUUGGACCAGGGCUGGUGGAUGCAGCCCAGGCUCAGCCCUCUGACAACUGUGUCUUCUCAGUGGAGCUGCAGCUGCCCUCCAAGGCUGCAGCCUUGGCCCACCUGGACAGAGGGGGCCCCCCACCUGCUCGGGAAGCACUGGCCAUCGUCUUCUUUGGUGGACAACGGCAGCCUAAUGUGAGUGAGCUGGUUGUAGGGCCUCUGCCCCACCCCUCCUACAUGCGGGAUGUGACUGAGGAACAUCAUGGAGGCCCGUUGCCCUUUUACAGACGCCCUGUGCUGGAAAGAGAGUACUUGGACAUACGCCAGAUGAUCUUUGACAGGGAGCUGCCUAAGGCUGCUGGGCUCCUCCAUCACUGUUGCUUCUACAAACACCAGGGCCGAAACUUGUUGGCAAUGAACACAGCCCCCCGUGGACUACAAUCAGGGGACAGAGCUACCUGGUUUGGCCUCUACUACAAACUCUCAGGAGCUGGGUUUUUCCUGCACCCUGUGGGGCUGGAGCUGCUGGUAGACCACAAGGCCCUGGACCCUGCCCACUGGACCAUCCAGAAGGUUUUCUAUCAAGGCCGCUACUAUGACAGCCUGGUCCAGCUAGAGGAGCAGUUUGAGGCAGGCCUGGUGAAUGUGGUGCUGGUCCCAGACAAUGGCACAGGUGCGUCCUGGUCCUUGAAGUCCCCGGUAGCCCCUGGUGCGGCUCCUCCUCUACAGUUCUACCCUCAAGGUCCUCGCUUCAGUGUCCAGGGGAGCCAAGUGUCCUCUCCAUUGUGGACUUUCUCCUUUGGCCUGGGAGCUUUCAGUGGUCCGAGGAUCUUUGACAUCCGGUUCCAAGGAGAGAGAGUAGCCUAUGAAGUGAGCGUCCAGGAGGCCUUGGCGGUGUAUGGUGGGAAUUCCCCUGUUGCUCUGCUGACUUGGUAUAUUGAUGGUGCUUUUGGCUUGGGCCAGUUCUCUACGCCCUUGACUCGUGGGGUUGACUGCCCCUAUGUGGCCACCUAUGUGGACUGGCAUUUCCUUUUGGAGUCCCAGACCCCCAAAACUCUACGUGAUGCCUUUUGUGUGUUUGAACAGAACCAGGGUCUUCCACUGCGGCGACACCACUCAGAAUUCGACUCUUACUAUUUUGGGGGCCUUAUACAGAGGCUGCAGGUGACCCGGAAGCUGCUGGAGACAGAGGAACAGGCUGCUUUCCCCAUGGGAGGUCCCAUCCCCCGCUACGUGUACCUGGCUAGCAAUCACAGCAACAAGUGGGGUCACCCACGGGGCUACCGCAUCCAGACACUCAGCUUUGCUGGGAAACCAGUGCCCCAGGAGAGCUCCUUGGAAAAAGCCUGCAGCUGGGUGAGGUAUCAGCUGGCAGUGACUCAGCGGAAGGAGGCAGAAUCCAGUAGCACAAGCAUCUACAAUCUGAAUGAUCCCUGGACACCUACUGUGGACUUCACCAACUUCAUCAACAACGAGAGCAUUGCAGGGCAGGACUUGGUGGUCUGGGUGACAGCUGGAUUUCUGCACAUCCCCCAUGCAGAGGAUAUUCCCAACACGGUGACUGUGGGGAAUGGAGUGGGCUUCUUCCUCCGGCCCUACAACUUCUUUGAUGAGGACCCUUCCUUCUCCUCUGCUGAUUCCAUCUAUUUCCGGGCAGACCAGGAUGCUGGGGCCUGUGAGGUCAACCCCCUGGCUUGUCUGUCCCAGACUGCUGCUUGUGCCCCCAGCCUCCCUGCCUUCUCCCAUGGGGGUUUCUCUCACAACUAGGUGGUC